AUGGCGGGUGCCCUCGGGCUGGAGACUAGAGCCAGAGGAACAGAGAGAGCCCAGGACCAGCUGGGUGAGGCAGGAGAAGCAUCGGAGAUUGCUCUGCCCCAAGGAAGUGGCAUUACAGUCCACAUCAGGCUGGUGAGCCCAGCCCUGCCUGUGAAACCCUGCUCCAUAAUCGUGUCUAGACAGUAUGUGACUGAGUUGCAUGUCAAACCUGGAGAUAAAAAGUCUUUUACCUUCAGCUGCAACAAUCCGGAGAAGUACUUUAUCUUGGAGAUUGAGAAGAGUAUCGACUGCAUGUCAGGCCCGUGUCCUUUUGGGGAGGUUCGUCUUCAACCAUCCACAUCAGAGCUGCCUGCCCUCAACAGAACUUUCAUCUGGGACGUCAGAGCUCAUAAGAGCAUUGGCCUGGAGCUGCAGUUCUCAGCCCCUCGCCUGAGGCAGAUUGGCCCAGGCGAGAGCUGUGCAGACGGGGUGACUCACUCCAUCAGCGGUCGCAUUGACGCCACUGAGGUCAGGAUUGGCACCUUCUGCAGUAACGGCACUGUGUCCCGGAUCAAGAUGCAAGAGGGCGUGAAAAUGGCCUUACACCUGCCGUGGAACAUACCCAGAAACAUCUCAGGCUUCAGUAUCGCAAACCGGUCAUCUAUAAAACGCCUGUGCAUCAUCGAGUCAGUGUUUGAGGGUGAAGGUUCAGCAACCCUGAUGUCCGCCAACUACCCCGGAGGCUUCCCUGAGGAUGAGCUCAUGACCUGGCAGUUCGUUGUCCCUGCACACCUAAGGGCCAGCGUCUCCUUCCUCAACUUCAACGUCUCCAACUGUGAGAGGAAGGAGGAGCGAGUUGAAUACUACAUCCCAGGAUCCACCACCAACCCAGAGGUGUUCAAGCUGGAGGACAAGCAGCCAGGGAACAUGGCUGGAAACUUCAACCUCUCCCUGCAAGGCUGCGACCAAGAUGCCCAGAGCCCAGGGAUCCUUCGGCUCCAGUUUCAGGUCCUGGUCCAACGUCCACAGAAUGAGAGCAAUAAAACCUACGUGGUGGACCUAAGUCAAGAGCGAACCAUGUCGCUCACCAUAGAGCCACGGCAAGUUAAACAUGGCCGCAGGUUUGUUCCUGGGUGCUUCGUGUGUCUAGAGUCUCGGACCUGUAGUAACAAUGUCACCCUGACCGCUGGCUCCAAAUACAAGAUCUCCUUCCUGUGUGAUGACCUGACACGCCUGUGGGUGAAUGCGGAGAAAACCCUAAGCUGCCUGGAUUACCACUACUGCUACGGGAAGUCCUUCCACCUGCAGGUGCCCAGGGACAUCCUCCAGCUGCCUGUGCAGAUGCACGACUUCUCCUGGAAGCUGCUGAUGCCCAAGGGCAGGCUCAGCCUUAUGAUGGUGCCGAGCCAGAAGCUGCAGCAGCACACGCGUGAGAGGCCCUGCAACACCAGCUUCGGCUACCUCGUGGCCAGCACCACGCCUGGCCAGGACCUGUACUUCGGCUCCUUCUGUCCAGGAGGCUCUAUUGAGAAGAUCCAGGUUAAGCAAAACAGCUCUGUGACCCUGCGAACAUAUGCCCCCAGCUUCCAACAGGAGGUCUCCAGGCACGGCCUGACAGUAUCCUUCAUACCGUAUUUCAAAGAGGAAGGCAUUUUCACAGUGACCCCAGACCCCAAAAACAAGGUCUACCUGAGGACCCCCAACUGGGACCGUGGCCUGCCUGCCCUCUCCUCUGUGUCUUGGAACAUCAGUGUGCCUAGCAACCAGGUGGCUUGUCUGACCUUCUUCAAAGAGCGUUCUGGCGUGGUCUGCCAGUCGGGACGUGCAUACAUGAUCAUCCAGGAGCAGCAGACCCGGGCAGAGGAGAUCUUCAGCCUGGAGGAGGAAGUGCUGCCUAAGCCAAGUUUCCAUCGCCACAGCUUCUGGGUUAACAUCUCCAACUGCAGCCCCAUGAAUGGCAAGCAGCUGGAUCUGCUCUUCUGGGUGACUCUCACCCCCAGGACAGUGGAUUUGGCUGCCAUCAUUGGUGCAGUAGGAGGUGGAGCCCUGUUGCUGUUUGCCCUCGUACUCAUCAUCUGCUGCGUGAAAAAGAAGAAGAAGGUCAACAAGGGCCCUGCUGUGGGUAUCUACAACGGCAAUGUCAAUACUCAGGUGCCCCAGGCUCAAAAGUUCCCGAAAAGACGGAAGGACAAUGACUCCCAUGUGUACGCCGUCAUCGACGACACCAUGGUGUACGGACACCUGCUACAAGACUCCGGUGGAUCCUUCAUCCAGCCAGAGGUGGACACCUACCGGCCCUUCCAGGGCCCCAUGGGGGACUGUCCCCCCUCCCCACCCCCAGUUUUCUCCAGGACCCCAACCGCAAAGUUCACUGCGGAUGAGCCAGCCCCAAGUAGCCCUCCUGAGUCUGAGAGUGAACCGUACACGUUUUCACACCCCAGCAAGGGGGAGAUAGGUGUCAGGGAGACGGACAUCCCCUUACUCAGCACCCAGGGGCCAGUGGAGACAGGGCCAACUCCUUCCAGUGAUGAGCAAAUCAUGGCUUCUGAUGGGGAUGCCAACAACAGCUCAGGUUUCCUGAACUCAGGUUGUGCUGGGGCUGGCCACAGUGACAGAAGAGAGACACCCAGACAGCACUACAGUGACCCCUGGAUUCUCAGUGCUAAGAAGCAGAGACUUAGCAGAUUGCCAGAAGGUGCUGCUCAUGCAUCUUUCCUUUCUGAAAGCUUUCCUCUAACUCCUACCCAGCUACCCAAGGUGCUACCCACCCUCCAGGAAGGUCAGGGGCAGCUGUGGCCCCUUCCUUCACUUGGAGUCACCAUGCUGGGGGGCAGUUCUCCGCUGACUUCUGCCUUUCAAGUGCCCCUUGGGGAGAUCACUCUCAUGUGUUGGUUCUCACUGUGUGCAGCCCAGUGCCUUUCCACCUUGGCUCCUCUGCUGAUCCAGCCUUUGCACCCAUCGGCUGGUCCUGUGGCUGCAUAUGGAAGGAAAAGGUUGGCUCUUCCUGGGGACAAGCCAGAGUCCAUCAGCUGUAACCUCAGUGCAGGGAUCGUCCUCAAAUCACAGGCUCUGCAGCAAGUGUCUGAAGCUGCAGAUCUUGCUGAUCCUAGUACAAGUUUCUUUCUUUCUUUAUAA